GUUCUUAGUGAUUUAAACUUCUAUCGACAUGGUGUCAUGGUGUGACUACACUUCUACGUCCACAAGUUCCACCUACACGGUCUGAUAAGAUUACAACAGACUUCAGGAGGUCUUCUAUUGUCACUAGAAACAAUAGAGUUGAUGAAGCUGAGGUCUUGAGCUUCAUGGAAAGUUAGUCAACAGUAAGUGUAAAAGAACUUUUACCCAAAAGACAAUAAAUGUAAUCAGUAAUUCUUGGCGAGCACAAAUAUAGGUUUGCCAUGAAGAGCGAGAUGCAGGUCCCAUGUACACUUAUAAAGACUGAGACGAAAUAUAUGGGUGAGGAACAAGAAGACUUAAGCAAUAAUGUAAAACCUAAAGCAGAAAGUUCAUUUUCCUCUGCUUAUAAUGAGACAAAAUGUUUACAGAAUGAUUUCAUUCAGCAUGACAGUAUCUUUGGCCAAGAACUCCAUAAUAUAAAAAUUGAUCCAGCUGCACAGACAAACUUGAGGUGUGAGAAUGCUCUGAAAGUGGAGAUAAAUUCUCAAGAUUCCACUUCUUUCAUUAAAAUUGAACAGCAGCACACUCACAGUGUGAAGUUAGAAUGGCCACAUAUGACUGAUCAUAAUCAUAUAGUAAAGACUGAGAGAUCAUGGCCUGGCCAGGAUGCAAUUUCUCAACUUGAUAGUGAUAAUGAAUUUUAUUGGAACUGCCAAGGCGAUACUUUUGAAGUGAAGACACAGUAUGCAAAAGCACUAGUCACUUCUGAGGUCAAGCAUGAAGAUCACUCUGGUCAAGCCAUUGGUUCUGCAGUAGAGUCAGAGCAGACAAAAUCACACACUCAGUCCACAAUAAUGGAGCACUUGAAGGCACAGAGUGUACCACAGGAGGUGGAGUGGAAUUGCAGGAAAAAUAAAGAUAUUUUAUCAUGUAUAUCAUCACCUGAACUUCAAGAUGUGGAUGUUGCUGGAUGUAAAAAUACACAGGUGAUGGAUAUUGUUUCUGAAAGUAGUCAGCAUGAGAAAAAUGUAAAUAUGACUGAAGCUAACAUCAGUACUGAGUCAGAAAAACAGCACCCUAGUAGUGAUAUUGAAUCUGAUAAGUGCAAAGUGUGUAUGUCUUCAUUCCAUUUUCCAUCCUUGCACAAGAAACACAUGUCGGACCACACUGGUAAACCUCACAAGUGCAGAACAUGUAAAGUUGCCUUCAAAAGAUUAUCUGAUUUGAAAAGUCAUAUGUGGGUUCACAGUGAUAAGAAGCCUCACCAGUGCAGUAUAUGUAAAGCUGCCUUCAAAAGAUUAUCCGAUUUGAAAAGUCAUAUGUGGAAACGACAUACGCAGAUUCACAGUGAUCAGAAGCCUUACCAGUGCAGUGUGUGUAAAGCUGCAUUUAACAGAUUAUCCAAUUUGAAAAGUCAUAUGCUGGUUCACAGUGAUCAGAAGCCUCACCAGUGCAGUGUGUGUAUGGCUACAUUUAAAAGAUUAUCCAAUUUGAAACGACAUACGCAGGUUCACAGGGAUGAGAAGCCUUACCAGUGCAGUGUGUCUAAAGCUACAUUUAAAAGAUCAUAUGUUUUAAAACAGCACAAGACGAUUCACAAUGAUGAGGAGCCUCAUCAGUGCAGUGUAUGUAAAGCCGCAUUUAAAAGAUUAACCAAUUUGGAACGACAUACUCAGGUUCACAGUGAUCAGAAGCCUUGCCAGUGCAGUAUAUGUAAAGCUGCCUUCAAAAGAUUAUCCGAUUUGAAAAGUCAUAUGUGGGUUCACAGUGAUAAGAAGCCUCACCAGUGCAGUAUAUGUAAAGCUGCCUUCAAAAGAUUAUCCGAUUUGAAAAGUCAUAUGUGGGUUCACCGUGAUAAGAAGCCUCACCAGUGCAGUAUAUGUAAAGCUGCCUUCAAAAGAUUACCUGAUUUGAAACGACAUACGCAGGUUCACAGUGAUCAGAAGCCUUACCAGUGCAGUGUGUGUAAAGCUGCAUUUAACAGAUUAUCCAAUUUGAAAAGUCAUAUGCUGGUUCACAGUGAUCAGAAGCCUCACAAGUGCAGUGUGUGUAAGGCUGCAUUUAAAAGAUUAUCUAAUUUGAAACGACAUACGCAGGUUCACAGGGAUGAGAAGCCUUACCAGUGCAGUGUGUCUAAAGCUACAUUUAAAAGAUCAUAUGUUUUAAAACAGCACAAGACGAUUCACAAUGAUGAGGAGCCUCAUCAGUGCAGUGUAUGUAAAGCUGCAUUUAAAAGAUUAACCAAUUUGGAACGACAUACACAGGUUCACAGGGAUGAGAAGCCUCACCAGUGCAGGGUUUGUAAAGCUGCAUUUAAAAGAUUAUCCAAUUUGAAACAACAUAUGCAUGUUCAUAGGGAUGAGAAGCCUCCCCAGUGCAGGGUUUGUAAAGCUGUAUUUAAAACAUUAUCCUAUUUGACAAAACAUAGUCAAAUCCACAGGUACAAGAAACCUUACCAGUGCAACAUAUGUAAAGCUGCCUUAAAAAAAUCAAAUGCUUUGAAACAACACGUGCAGGUUCACAGCGAUAAGCCUUACAAGUGCAGUGUGUGUAACAUUGCCUUCAAAAGUUUAUUUCAUUUGAAACAGCAUAUGCAGGUCCACAGAAAUAACAAAUCUUACCGUUGAAGUGUGUGUUAAUCUGCUUUUAACUUCAUCAAUUGGUCUGAAAAGACACAAUCUAAUUCAUAAUUAUGUUGAAUCUUACCAGUGCAUGCAUGUAAAGCUUCUUUUAGACACUUAUCUACUUUCAAAAGACACAAGGUGAGUCACGAUGAUUCUAAACCUCACCAGUCUGUGUCUAUAGUUGCUUUCAAGUCCUCACCUGCUUAGAAAAUGCAUAUGCUAAUCUACAGUGAUGUGUCAAUUGAUUUGUGUGUAAAGUUGCUUUUAGGUGUGCAUCUACUCUAAAAACACAGAUGAUGGCCAAUGAUGGUCUUUUCUGUUACCCAUGCAUG